CCAGUGAAAUGCAGCCACCUCUGGGAUGGAGCACGACAGCUGCACAGCCGGACUGAACCGCAGGACAGGAAAUGAAGUAGAAGCUUGUAUGCAGCUGAAGCCACAGGGAGGGGGCUAAGUUAGAGCCAGGACAUCUGCCUGUGUGGAAAGGUCUCGGAUACUUCACUGCCUUUAAGGGGUCAGGACAUGGAUCAGUCACCCCUGUCUACCCUCCUACUGCUUCUCACCCCACAGGGAAGGGGGCAGCAGCUGGCUCCUCCUGGGGAUGCACCACAGGGGUGGAGAGGUCGCGUCCCCUUGAGAGACCGGAGGCAUCGGCAUCAUGGGGAUUGAAUUGCAGUUUGGGGAGGCUGGGGGCUGAGGCCCCUUGGGCAGUGUAAAAGGGGUGGAAAUGCCCCCUACGAGUCGCCUCCCAGCCCAGCGUGGAGUGGGCAUACAGGCCUGCACCCGGCCCCUGGUGCGGGAGACAGAGCAGGUGUGGUGCCUGGUCUCUGCUACCCCGGGGCCCGGUGGGAAGCAGAGGGUCAGAGCAGCACUGAGUCUGUGGGGUGGGGAGUGCCAAGGUGGCUUGAACCCAUCUUGUGCCAGCCCCAAAGAGCAGCGUCACUGGGACCAGCCUGCCCGUGGGCCUUGAGGGAGUGCCCCUAGCUGCUGGGCUGGUCGCUUGCAGAGAGCAGGGAGAGCACACCAGGACACGUGGCCCACCACAGAGCAGGAAGGGGUGGGGUCUUCCCUGCGGGUGGACUCUGCGCACAGGCACGCUCCGCUCCAGAUGCAUGGUUCUCCUGGUGCACAAUGACAGGUCACUGCCUCUGUCUUGGCCUGACACCACUAGCUCUGCUUUGCUUCCUGCCUCUGGCGCACCUGGACCCAUGCGGCCUGAGCAUCGUGCCCAAGGACCCGGCAGUGGCGUUCGGGGGCCACGUGGUUCUGAACUGCAGCAACACCUGUUCCAGUCUCACCUCCCUGGGCUGGGAGACGUCGGUGCCGAAGGUGACAAACAAGGGACCCGGCUGGGCGUCUCUGCACAUCUCCAGCCUCACCGUGUGGCACCUGGAGCCCCAGUGCUACAUCACCUCCACGAACAUCAUUGAAAAAGCCAGACUCCACGUGUACCGAUUCUCGCCCCCCGAGAUCCACCUGGGAGCCGAGAUGGUGGCUGGUCGCCAGGAGCGAAUCACCUGCAACGUCUCCAGCCUUGUGUCCGGCUCCAGCCCCUCCGACAUCAACGUCACCCUGAGCAGCAGGGGCAGCACCCUCAGCGAGAGCCGCGGCAGCCCGGCCGUGGGGUACAGCUUCGUGGCGCAGUCCACGCAGCACGGGCAGGAAAUCGUGUGCCAGGCUUGGCUCCGCGUGGGCCUCCAGAUGAUGAAUGACAGUGCCAGGGCCACCCUGCAGGUCUGGGCCCUGCCCUACAGCGUGAAGGUCUCCGUGGAGCAGCUGGAGUUCGGAGUCGGCGCUAACUUCAUGGUGCGGUGCAGCGCCGAGGGGAACCCCCUGCCCGAGCUGCUCUGGGAGCUGCCCUCCAACGCCAGCGUGGAGCUGUCUGACUGCGGCCAGAUGGUGACCGUGCACUCGGCCCAGCUCGCCCACAGCGGGACCUACCAGUGCUUGGCACGGAACAGAUACGGGGCCAGCUCAGGGCACGUGAACAUUAGGAUAGUUCAGCGAAGGCACAGGAUCGUGAUAGUCACAGUGAUGCUGGUGGUGAUUGUGGUUCUCGGUGGUGCAGGCCUGGUAGCAUGGCGGCUUGGGAGAAAACGCUUCACGAUGUCCGUAGCUGCGGCCCGGGGCAGCCGCGGUCCAGGGAAGGGGGAGGUCAGGGAAGGGGGAGGGGGCAGUGAUGGGCCUGAACCUUUGGGUGAGGAGAAGGAGGAGCCCAGAGGUGUGUGAGCCCGAAGCCCUCACCCCAGGGGACUAGUUCUGGGGGCCGGUGGGGUCACGGCCCUUUCCCUGAUGUGCCCCGGCUGGUGGGCUGGGACCAAGCAGAGGAGCUAAGCCAGGCCGCAGCUCUCCAGGGUGUCUCGCCCUGGUGCCCGUGCACGUGUGUGUGUGCCUGUGUGCACCUGCGUGUGUGUGUGUGUGUGUGUGCAUGAAUGUGUGUGUGUGUGCGUGCAUGUCUGGCACGACAGGGCAUGUGCGAAUUUCAAAAUUUCACCCAUUCCAAAAAGCUGAUUUUUUAAGUUUGAAAUUGUUCCAUUUCGAACCAUGCAGAAGAAACACUUGGAAAUUUCAGUUCUUUUCAGCUUUCCCCAGUUCCAGCGUUUUUUCCGGGCCCUGGGACCGUUACAUUUACAGUGAGUCCAGUCCAGAUGCCCAGGUAACACCAUGCUCCCCACAGUGGCUUACGUUGGUUCAGUUUGGUUUUGUUGGUGUCAAAUAAACCAGCUGCCUGGGCACCUUCUGUUCUGUGUGCGGCUCA